AUGGCGGUGACGGAAAACAAAAAUUUUCAGUUUGUGUGCAAGAAUUUGCUUUGUGGGGGAAUAGCCGGUAUGGUAUCGAAAACAACAGUUGCCCCUUUGGACAGGGUGAAAAUUCUACUGCAAGCCCAUAACCGACACCACGAAUCGCACGGGGUCUACUCGGGAAUAAAGCACAUAAUAAAAACGGAAUCACCAUGGGCCCUUUACAAAGGCAACGGAGCCCAGAUGGUGCGAAUUUUUCCCUACGCGGCCACCCAGUUCACCUCCUUCGAGAUGUACAAAAGAUAUCUAGACGGCGUUUUCGGCGCAGGGUCUCACAUCGACAAAUUUAUAGCGGGUGCCGCGGCCGGUUUGACAGCUGUCACUUUGACGUACCCCUUGGACACCAUCAGGGCCAGGCUGGCGUUUCAGAUAAGUGGGGAGCACGUUUACACGGGAAUCGCCCACGCGGCGGUCACGAUCUUCAAGGAAGAAGGCGGCGCGCGCGCCCUCUACCGCGGCUUCGUGCCCACCCUGAUGGGAAUGGUCCCUUACGCCGGCCUGUCCUUCUACUGCUUCGAGUACUUAAAGUGGGGCUGCAUGAAGUACGUACCGUCGCAAACGUGCAGACCUUGCAAAAAAAACACGGGCGGCCUGGUGCUGCUGCUGCCGGCGAAGCUGAUCUGCGGCGGCCUGGCCGGCGCAGCUGCGCAGUCCGUCAGCUACCCGCUCGACGUGACGCGCAGGCGCAUGCAGCUGGCCAUGCUGUCGCCGGCGACCGCGCACUACGCUAAAGGCACGUUCACGACCUUGCGGCACAUCUACAAGGAGCACGGAUUGGUCAGGGGACUGUACAGAGGCAUGUCGAUCAACUACAUGCGCGCCAUACCGAUGGUCGCGGUCAGUUUUAGCACUUACGAGCUGUGCAAGCAGAUACUUGACUUAGAUACAGGUUUGACUCUUUAG